CUUCAUAUGUUUUCAUUAUACCAGGAUAUCUUCUCCGCACUACAUACUUUGACAUAUAAGCUCUCCUAAUACCACCAGCAAGCAUUGUAGAUUCGCUUUUUACUUGUUGAUUUAGUCUUGAAGAACCAAAGCGUGCAUUGUCAUGAAUUUAUUCUUCCUUUUCACUUUGCUUGCGUGCAUACCAGAGUCGCUCGCUCAAUGGGAUGCUUCGAGAUUCGCUUGGUACAGUACGGAUGCAGGUAACGAUUUCGCUUCAGCCGUUCCUAUAGGAAAUGGCAGGCUCGGUGCAGUAGUGUAUGGCACGGGGGAUGAAAAGAUAUCACUGAAUGAAAACUCCAUCUGGAGUGGGCCAUGGCAAGACCGUGCGAACCGCAACUCGAAGAAUGCGCUGAAUGACAUUCGCUCAAAGCUUAUGAGUGGCGAUAUUACGGGUGCUGGACAAUCGGUUUUACAAAAUAUGGCUGGCAACCCUAAUUCUCCGCGACAAUAUAACCCUCUGGGUGAUAUGAUGAUUACAUUUGGCCACGGCAACAAUCGAGGCAACUAUGUCCGCUAUCUUGAUACCUAUCAAGGCACGGCAUUCGUUACCUACAACUACAACAACGUGAACUACACCCGUGAAUAUGUUGCAAGUCAUACGCAUGGUGUUCUCGCGAUGCGCUUCACUUCCAGCCAACCAUCUCAGCUGAACAUCAAGGUGUCACUCUCGCGCAGCAAACAAGCAACCUCGCAAACAGCAUCAUCUUCAAACGGGGUUAACGCCGUCAAGUUGAACGGAAACAGUGGUCAGAGCUCUGGAGCAAUAACGUUCUCCUCUGAAGCACGUGUGGUCAACACCGGAGGAAGUGUGAGUUCCGACGGUAAAUCGAUUUCUAUAAGCGGCGCGAAUACCGUUGAUAUCUUUUUCGACGCUCAAACGUCUUAUCGCUACUCGAGUCAAACGGCUUGGGAAUCAGCCAUGACAAGUAUCCUCAACAAAGCCGUUAGCGAUGGUUUCCCUGCCGUUCGUGCUGCUUCGGUAUCCGACAACACAAAAUUGACGGGUAGAGUCAAUCUCAAUCUCGGAUCUUCAGGGUCUAAUGGGAACCUGGACACCAAAACACGCCUAUCCAACUACAAAAACAACCCAAACGGAGACCCGCAGCUGGCCACAUUGAUGUUCAAUUUUGGAAGACAUUCACUGGUGGCUUCUUCCAGGGAUUCUGGCGCUCUGUCAUUGCCCGCUAAUCUCCAAGGGCUGUGGAACAAAGACUUCAGUCCUUCGUGGGGCAGUAAAUACACGAUCAACAUCAAUACGGAGAUGAACUAUUUCCACGCAGAGAGCACGAAUCUGGCCGAAACGCAUAAACCUCUGUUUGACCUGAUCAAAGUUGCAAAAGAUCGUGGACAAACGAUGGCAAAUGUCAUGUACGGGUGCAACAACGGCGGCUUUGUCCUACAUCACAACAUUGAUCUAUGGGGAGAUGCCGCCCCUGUGGACUACGGGACACCAUAUACUAUGUGGCCUCUUGGAGGCGCGUGGCUCUCGCUUCAUAUGAUGGAGCACUUCCGCUAUUCCGGCGAUCGAAGCUUCCUCCAGAACGACGCAUGGCCUGUUCUUCAGAGCGCAGCCCAGUUUUAUUUCUGUUACAUGUUCGACUGGAACAACUAUAAAACUACAGGUCCCAGUCUAUCCCCGGAAAAUCCGUUCGUGGUACCCGGUGAUAUGAAAACGGCUGGAAGAAGCGAGGGUAUUGAUAUAAGCGUGCAAAUGGACAACUCUUUACUCACUGAAUUAUUCACGGCUGUCAUCCAGACAUGCCAGAUAUUGGGACUCAACAACUCUGAGUGCAGCGACGCGAAGAGUUACCUCUCGAAGAUCAGACCUCCUUCGAUCGGAUCCUACGGACAGAUUCUGGAGUGGAGAAGAGAGUAUGGUGAAGCAGAGCCAGGGCAUCGUCACUUCUCUGCAGUUUGGGGACUUUAUCCCGGCUCCCAAUUCGCACCACUCAAUUCCUCGACGUUCGCGGCCGCGUCCAGAAAAUUGAUUGACCAUCGCAUGCAGUCUGGGUCUGGUAGCACAGGCUGGAGCCGCACUUGGGUCAUGAACUUGUAUGCUCGAUUGUUUGACGGCAACGCUGUCUGGAGCAGCGCAGUCGCGUUUCUGCAGAAAUAUCCGUCGCCAAACCUUUGGAAUACGGACGGCGGUCCUGGAACAGCCUUUCAAAUCGACGGCAAUUUUGGAUAUACGGCAGCGAUUGCCGAAAUGCUGUUGCAAAGCCAUAAUGUGGUUCAUCUUCUCCCAGCUCUACCAUCAGCUGUCAAAGAUGGCUCUGUCUCGGGUCUUGUGGCACGGGGGAGCUUUGUUGUUGACAUGAAAUGGGCUGGGGGUGCAUUGACGUCUGCAACCGUCCUCUCGAGAAAUGGGGGGAUUCUCGCCCUCCGAGUUGCUAACGGGGCGCAAUUUUUUGUCGACGGCAAAAGUUAUGGUACGCCUAUCCCAACAACGGCGGGAACAUCGUACAACAUCACGCUUAGUGCGUGA